UCAAAGAGAAAGGAUGGGAAACAUCUCACGCUUCAUGAGCUCACUGUUAAUGAAGCGGCUGCUCAGCUCUGUGUGAAGGAUAAUGCCCUGCUGACAAGAAGAGAUGAACUGUUUGCCCUGGCUAGGCAGAUUUCUCGAGAAGUCACCUACAAAUACACCUACAGAACCACCAAGUCAAAAUGUGGAGAAAGAGAUGAAUUAUCCCCGAAGAGAAUUAAAGUGGAGGAUGGAUUUCCAGAUUUCCAGGACUCCGUGCAAACGCUCUUCCAGCAGGCUAAGGCUAAGAGUGAAGAACUCACUGCUCUCAGUUCACAGCAGCCUGAAAAGGUGAUGGCAAAGCAGAUGGAGUUCCUUUGCACCCCAGCUGGCUAUGAGAGACUGCAGCAUGCUGAGAGGAGGCUCUCAGCAGGACUCUACAGGCAGGCCUCAGAAGAGCACAGCCCGAACGGCGUGGCUUCUGACAACUCGGAGGGGCAAGGAGAAAGACCUUUGAAUCUCCGAAUGCCUAAUUUACAGAACAGACAGCCCCAUCAUUUUGUGGUGGAUGGAGAGCUGAGUAGACUUUACUCCAGUGAGGCGAAGUCCCAGUCGGAGAAUCUUGGGAUUUUAAAAGACUACCCUCACUCAGCUUUUACUUUAGAAAAGAAAGUCAUCAAAACAGAGCCUGAAGAUUCAAGAUAGCUGUGAUUCUCCCACUGUUCUCUGGAAAUGGCACUCAAUUUAAGGAUAAUGCUCCAUCAUAGAAAUAAGCCUUAAUAACCAACGUUGCCUCAUUCAGCUCAAACAGAUUUCAUAGCCAAAGCAUAAGGACUGAUUCGUAGUCUGCGGAAACCAGGAAGACAAAACAACAGCCACAAAAGAGAAAAUUGAGAGAAUGUUGCAGUCUGUAACAGAAAUACUGAUCCAUUCAUAUUCCUGUGUAAGUUGUUUUAUGUGGAAAAGCUUACAAAUUAAUAUUGUAAGCAUUCAUUAUUUAAGAAUGUACGAUGUAUUUGUGUAAUUUAUAGAAGUAAAAUCUAGAUGUGGAGACAUGUUUGGUCCAAUAAAUGUGGAUACAGUUUUAUUUUACUUGAAACUUCACUGUCUACUUUAAGUGUGUUUAGCAUAAAUAUUAUUAUAUGUUAGAGUUUAGAAUCUUUGCAGUCGUAAAGAAAGUUUAAGUGAUGUAGUUACUGGCAAGGUUGCAGUGACUUUGAAAAAAAUGGAAAGCAAAUGCUCAAUUUAAACCAAGGAAAAUAUUGUGGAUUUAAUAUUGGAUAAAACUGAUUUUGUUUAACAGGAAAUGUGUCAUUUUUAGUAGUAAAAUGUCACUUUUGCUGGCUCAGUCAGGCGCAUUUAUGCAAUUAAUAAAUACUAAAGUAAAGUUAAAAAAUGAGCAAUAGAGUAGAAAAUCUCUCUUAGUUGAUGAGGGUUGCAUCAUAUCAUUAUCUCAUAAUAAAAAUAGGAAGCUAUUCCUUGGACAGAGAACUUGAAACAGGUGAACUGAUGUGUAAAAGCCGUUGACUUAAACAUUGCUGUUUAAGAAUGUGUUAAAUAGAUUAAGACAUAGUAAGUUAACCCCAAAUGUGAUAAGGAUGGUGACUGUUAAAAAGGCUAUAAUUAUAUAGUAGAGUAAGAACCAUUUUAUAUCUAGAAAUUCUUGAUGUCCUGGAUGGAGUCAGAGAAAGUAGGCGGCUCUCCCUUGGGGAAUGUCUUCCCAUCCAGACCAUCCAAGUGUGGACAAUCACUACUUCCACAUUUGCAGGCAUAAUUCUGUGGAGGUCUAGUUGACACCUGGAUUCAUUAUUUAUUUUACAGUUUUGUAUACUUUUCAUAUUUGUGUAUGCAGUUUUUUCUUAAAAUUCAUUUAUAUUUUAAUUCCUUCCCCCUAUUUAAUAAAUGGGCUCCGUGCAUAUUUAUGGGGGUGUACUUAAAUGUUAAUAAUGUCCUUGCAUACUUAUGAGAAUUUCACAUUGGAAUCCAUAGUUAAAAAAAAAUACCGUUUCUACCAAUUUACAUUUUUUCUUUUUGGUUAAGAGAAGACAUUUGACAACUUUACCUGCUUCUUCCAGAUUCAUCUAAACCCAGAUAUUGCUGAGAACAGCAUCCUGAGUUGGAAUAUGUGGUGUUUUUUUGUUUUUAGUUCUGCUCUAGGUCAUAACUGUAAAAAAUAUUAAGUCAUAAUCUGUUAUACUAAAAUUCAUCAGCCAAAUGUUAGAUGAAAUGUCUGGACUGUAGUCUCUGAUCACUGUCACAUAUAUAAUUGCUUUUUUAUUUUGAUUUGUAGAAUAGCUUUAUAGUAGAAACACCAGUAAACAACUUUUAUGCUAUUGAAAGGCUCUUUUCCCUACCUAAAUGUUUUAAUUGUACCAUAGUGUUUUGCCCACUGAAGAAGCUUUUUAUGGACCUUGCAACUUUGUUGCUAGCUUAAGGUUGAUUAUUGUGGUUGUAUUGUUCACUGUGUGUAGAAAUAGUAUGAGUACGAUUUAAAUAGAUUGUUCAGUUUUUAAUAUUAGCCAUAGAACUGGUUAGUAUCUCAGUAGUUUCAUGAAACGUUUCCUGUAUUCUAAUCUAUUUUGAGAAAUUUUGUGGGUUUUUUUUAAUUGUGUCUUACAGUUCAAGUUUGUAGAUUUUAAUAAGCAACAAUUUUUAAAGAUGUGGUAAUCUUCCAGUUAAUAUUUAUCCGUCUUUCAUGGCCCCACAAACUGCAUCUUUAAAUCCAUAAAUAAGUUUCCUUAAGUAUCACACUUUCCUGGUCUUUCAAGCUUAAUGAUAAGGGGGAAGCACAAGAAAAAUUUCAGUAGAAUACAGUUUUUAUUUUGUAAACACUAAUGUAUUAAAUUUGCUAUACAUUGAAGCAAAUAAUAUAUAUUUUUAUUUGAAUUGUAUAUAUGAAUUGGGUGUUAUAACUAGUUGAUUUUUUCAUUGUGUUAGAGGUAUUUUCACUGAACAAGGUCAAUUGGUUACCUCAGUAUUACAGCCAAUAUAGUCCAAGGGACCAUUUCUCCCCAAGUCUGUGUUGUACUUUAUUAUGUGAAGUCUGCGUUUCUGUGACUCUUAAAUCUGUUGGUGAGGUGGGACGAGUGCACUUGCUUCCUGUGGCAAUAAAGAUUUUAUGUGCCUCACACA